AUGAAUGAGGUUUUACUGAGAGAGUUAAUAACCAAUCCCUGCGUCUCACAAGCUUUCAUUGUUUUGUGCUUGGUCAAGUAUUCAUCUUCUUCUUCACCGGGCUCUGAUCCUUCCAGCAGUUCUUCAGAUUCUGAAGAUGAGGAUAAAAAACAAACAAAAAAGAGGAAGAAAAAGAAGAGUCGUAGCCAUAAGUCUCCCGAGAGCUCAGGGUCAGACUCCGACUCGGACAGCAAGGAUGGUUCAAAAAAGAAAAAGAAGUCAAAGGAUGUGACUGAGAAAGAGAAGGACACUAAAGGACUCGGCAAAAAAAGAAAGCUGUGUGAAGAUCGAGCGCUAUCCUCUGCGUCGUUGUCCGGCUCGGAUUAUGAAGAGGUGCCAGCAAAAAGGAAGAAGAGCGGAGAAGAGCGCGAGAGAACAGACAAAGCCAAGAAGAGAAGGAAGCACAAGAAGCACAGCAAGAAGAAGAGAAGGAAGGCUGCGGGUUCCAGUUCAGACUCAGCGUAGCCUCGGGAAGGAGGACCAGGGUCCUACAGAGUGCAAUGUCGAAGGAGCUCUCGGCUGUGAAGAUCCUGACUAUGUAGUGACGUGCAUGAAUUCCCUUGUGUUUAGACUUUCCUGGACUAGUCAGUAGCCACUUGGACACCGCUGUGUGAAGGGCCAUGAUUGUUGCCUGCUGCCUGAACACCUUUUCCUCUUCCAGUGCUUGGUGACUGGGGGACAGUGCUUUGCAGUCAUGCUAGUGGUUAAGAUAUUUGGAAUAAAGCUAAUAUUUUUUACUAGAAGUACUUAAGGAUAAAUCAACAGAAACUGAAUCUGGACCAUCUUUAAGAUGUAACCAGAAAUAAUGGGAUGACUCUGGUAAAAAUUCUUAAAGUAGGGAUUGCAUUAAUAUCUCAAACUCCUUACUCUGUAGAUAAGUAUUUUAGUUUUUCCCCACGUAUAUUUUGAUUUACUUGGGGAAGGAGCUUUUAAAGAGGGGGGUGGUUUGCUAUCUUUAGCUACCAGAACAGCGUGCCUUUGAUCUCACACUACUUUUGUGGACACAGUAGCCAUGCUUCCUGGGAGGUCCGAGCUGGGCGUCAUCAGUCCUGCCCUGGACUGAGGUUGAUGACAUCCCUAGACUUCUUCGUAUGCUGCUUGGAAUGCACCAGAGGUACCCAGCACUUUGCAGCAUGGGAAAGCCCCCAGAGCUCUGGAAUUUACCUCCACUUGAGUCAUACCUGAAUGUUUCUUAGGGUUAGACAGCGUUAGUCAUUUUAAUUCAUUUUACCUACACUUCGGCUUUGGAGAGGAGUUGUUCAGUAGACACUGGUACUUUCUGAGCUGAUAGCUAACAAUUCUAAAGUGCAUGUUCUAUACCGGUUUUAACCAGUCAGAAGGUUUCUGUGUAGCCAGUGAUAGCUCCUUUAUGUUUUGUAUAGAUUUUGUUUAGGCUGCAGUGUUUAGCUUUUAACUCCUGUACUCUUGCUGUGUUAAGUUCCUUACUAUGUUUAAUGGCACACUUACAAGAUAUUUAGCAUGUAAAAAGCAGGACUUUUGGUUUUCAUUUUUAACGGCUUCAUAUUGAAGCUGAGUCUUACCACAAACAAGCUGAGUGGCAGGCCUGGUAUGCUGUAUUUUGUUACAUAAAGCUAUGCCAGAAUCUUAGUAAAUAGAAUGUUUUAAAAGUUGGUUGUCUUUGUAUAUUCAUAACAGAUUAUGACAUGUUAGCUUACCUGAGAACUACAUUACUGCUCUUCCUGUGUCAUGUUUUUCUGAGAUUUUGUGCCUCAUAUCUCUGAGUUAUUAGGAAUGUUAAAAGGGAUUGAUAAGUCAUUUUCAUUUUACACUUUUAUAUAAUCAGGUAAUAUGAAAUAUAACGAUGUACAGUUUUGCCUGUUUCAGAGGGUGUGCUAAUUAUAGUGAAAUAUGCACAGAACAUUUUGGCAUGACAAGAGGCUGAAUAAAUAGCUAUUUUACUUAAAAUAGCUGUGUUCUUAUCUCCCUUUGGGUCACAGUAGUUAUAAAAGUUAAUGGUAAUAUGCCCUGGGGUUUUUAGUGAUAAAAAGAAAAUGUGUCUUGGGAAGUUCCUCAAAUUUUUCUGCUUUAAGAUGCAUAUAUAAAAAUAUAUACAGAAUCCUUCUCCCCCCUUCCCCCCAAAUUUUUCAAGAUUGAUGUUUAAGCCUCUUUGGUCAGUUGUUGGUCACUUUUCCCUAGUGUACAGGGCAGUUUAAGGACUGGUCUAUAGGACAGCUACAUCCUGCCAAAAGCAGCAGUUGGUUUGACUGGAGAAGGUGGGAAGCGGGUGAUGUAGAAGAAUGUCGGGUCUUUUUCAGACUCUGUUCUCUAGGACUCACCUCGGUGUUUGGUGGCUAUACCGGUCUCCUGAGGUACACAAAGGAUGUUUAUGGGGUGUUGCCCCUUAACAUUAAUUCCAUGGUUUUGAUAAUGUGUAAGUUAAAAACAUACCUUCCUUCUUCCACCAAAACUGCCCUUUUUCUUUCUCAGGUGGGUCUACACGAGUUUGACAAACACGCAUGUCUCUUACAGAAUGGCACUGUGGUAACUGCCAGAAAGUGACGAAAGUCUGUAGAAAUGUCUUGAUACCAGCGCUGGCCUUCUGGUCAUUUUGGAGUCCUUUGAUUGCCCUAGGGUGUUCUAAGUGCCCUAAGAAUGUCCAAAUUUAAUUUUGUCCAAAGUAGAGACUUGUCCCUUUCAGUCAGGAUGUGCUGACCCUGUCCCUUACUUCCUGUCAUUCCACACACACGGUGUGGCUGCCUCAGGGAAGACAGGGAGCUGCUGUCUGGACUUAGCUGGGAGCCUUCGCACCAGAAAUUUGCCCUAUUCCAGCUUGAAACCGCUGGUGUUCUUGAGGUACAUUUGUAAGGGGGCUGAAAAAAAAUCUUCUUUUCUCCUCAGUUGUAUCUGCGUUGUUACAGAAGUUGUUUCAUAUUUUAUUAAAACUUAG